CUCUCUCACUCUCUCUCUCUCUCUCUCUCUCUCUCUCUCUGAGUUCUCUCUCUAGAUUGCCCCUUCUCUUUUUAACCCCCAAAUUCCAAACCCUAACCCUAAAAUUUCCCUAGAAGGAUACGGAAUUUCUCUCAUGAAAUUCCUGCCGCACGCAAACGCUGGAUUCCCAAUCAAAUCUUCGUUUAAAACAAAUCGAAGCUUAAUUUGAUGAUAAUAAUCAAAUUAUCUUACUCUCUUAAACUCUAGCUAUCCUCUUUCUCCGUGUCUAUCUCGUCUUAGAAAUAUAUGGAGGGCUCUGUAGUGGAGGAUCUCGGAGCCCCUGAGUCAUGGGAGGUGGCCGAUUUGGACGAAACGAUGAGCCGUUUGAUGCUUCGGGAUUCGAAGCAAGAAUCCGAAAAACUCCCUCUAGAGCUCUCCGCCGAUGUUUCCAUUCAUUCGGGCUUGGCGUCGGGUUAUGGGUCUUCAGCUUCCGGUACCGGCAGUGGUGAGAAAGUGUCAAACGAUAUAAUUAAUCAGGUCGAUCAGUUCCUUCGUGAAGCCUUGCAGAACCCUCGUGAGCGGCUUUCCAUUCUGAGGAUGGAGCAAGAUGUUGAAAAGUUCAUUUGUGAUCCUACACAACAGCAAUUAGAAUUUCAUCAGUUGCCCACUUCAUAUUUACGGUUGGCUGCACACCGUGUAGCACAACAUUACUCGCUUCAAUCUAUGGUUUUGUUAGACAAUAAUUUACCUGAUGGAUCUGGUUCCAGAAUUAUUGUCCGCAAGACUUCUGAGUGUAGGUUGCCUUUGAUUCGGCUUGCAGACAUCCCUGUAAAUUUGCCAUCAGAAGACAGUGGUAUUGUUAAAGUUGCGAUUAAGCAAAGGCCACAGAAGCGGCUGCAAACUGUCAACAAUUCAAAUUCAAAUUCCAUGAAGACAAAUAGUUCCAAAAGUGUGGAGGAAAGAAAAGAGGAGUACAACAGGGCACGUGCACGAAUAUUUAAUUCUAGUGGUUUUAGCAGUAGUGCUAGUGGGAAGCCAGAAGGUGAACAAAGAGUGCAAGAUGGUUCCCAGCAUAGUGUGUUGGGUAUAUUGAAGACAGAAGAAAAACCUGUUUCGGGGAGUUCAGAUAUAAAUUCUGGUAGAGGUUCUAUUGAAUCUUCUACAAGUAGCAAUAGAUCAGCUAGAACUAGGACAGAGAAGGAGCCAGUUAGUAGGUACAAACCAAACAAUAGGGUGGCCAUCUUUCGAGACCGUGAAGUUGAUAGGAAAGAUCCAGACUAUGACAGGAGCUAUGAUAGGUAUAUGCAAAGGUUUGAUCCUGGAUUUGGAUUCAAUGGAGGACCUUACACCAUGCAGCCAAUGUACGCCCCUGCAUUGAACUACAACACUGAAUUUCCGCAACUUGGUUCCAGCCAUAGGCCACAAAUAUCUGCAGAACAUCAACCUCGACCUCUCCCUCAACAUUUACCUGGGCCGUGGGCUGCCCCGUCGACUACUCCUGGAAUUGGAUAUGGCCCUCCAGAAACAAUGAUGACACCAUUCAAUCCAAAUCAUGUUGGUGCACGUUCUUCAUCUGCCAUUUAUCUACAUUCGUCUCAGUAUCCCUGUCAGCGCCCAGGAAUGCCUUUUAUCCAUCCUCACGAGCAUGUUCAACCUUUUUCACAGUCUCAUCAACAACAACCUGAUGCAAGUUUUGGUUUAGCCCGGCCCCGUUGAGGGGCUUGGGCCAUGCCUGCACCCUGCCAGCUGGGACCUGGGCUUGGAAUAUUUUAUGAGCUGAUGAUGCAGCUUCAAAUACAUCUCAACUUGCAGGAGUGCAGGCACAAGGAACUGAGGUGGAAGGCAGGUAGGCAUUUGUGUUCUGAUCGAUUCCUCCACUCUCAGUAUCACUUGAAGCUUCUUCCACUUGUGAUGAAUGAUGAAGAAGCUCAAAGGCUCGGCAGAUCAAUCGUGUGAAUGAGUGAGAGUCCUGUUUUAACCCUGAUGAUGAUGAUGAAGAAUAUUGCAAAAAGAAUUGUUGUAGCCAGAAAUGGGCGUGCUCUCACUGGACAAAGCGCCGUAAGGAGCUAAAAUGGAAAAAUACUUGGAAGGUUAUUCACGUUCAUGCUGGUGUUUUGUAUUUAGCUUGCAGAAGCUUGGUCGUGCAGCUGAUUACCCCGUAUAAAGCUCUGAUCGCUGCUUAUUAUGCUUUACAAGAGUACUUCUAGUAAUCAAGUGGAUGUUACCAUGUAUCAUAAAUUCAUAUAUUCUGGACUGCAGUGGAAUGUUUUAAUAACUAUCUGCAAUCUGAUAGUCACUUGUUAUUGAUGAU